UUCUGCUGUGAAGUUGGACAUUUGGACAUGGGGACUUAUGGAGACUGACUCACUUCUGGAGCCAGCCUCAAGUGGACGUUAGAGGAACUGCAGGUUGUGUCUUCACUUCAGUGAGGACACAUCGUCCCUCUCACAUGUUGUAUUAAGACAAACCUGAAUCUACGACUGCUUCUGUCAGGAUGGAUCCUCUGUAUGUACAGAAACAGUGUACGCUCAUGUGUAUUCAUAAACUGUGCAAACAUCCGGGUCAUCCAGAACCAGCCCACCUGAGGAGGUCUGCAGGGGGACUUCCAUGUUAUUCCACACAGGAUGAAGAUGAUGAAGAGGCUGAGGUGGAGAUCUGGCUCCACCUGCUGAUCGACAAACAUCCUGUCUGAUGACAAUCUUAGAGAUUCAUGUUCCUACACCACAAACCACCUCAGACACCGUCCAGGUUUUAGACAGUCUGCGGGGACGUCACGGAGACUACGUCCAGGUUUUAGACAGUCUGCGGGGACGUCUCGGAGACUACGUCCAGGUUUUAGACAGUCUGUAUCAUGUGUUUUCCGCUCAGAUUCUUGUUCCUUUCACCUGAACCACAGUGAGGAAGUCCACCUUUGUUCCUUUAUUGUUUCUUUGUUUUAUUGUUUUAUUGUCUCGGGGAACUUCCUGCAUGCUUCAGUCAGGUGAGUUCACGUGUUACAGACAUGUGUCAUGACUCUGAGUUCCUGAUGAUCUCAGCGCACACACCCGGCCCUGGAACGUCCUGACCCGGCCCUGGAACGUCCUGACCCGGCCCUGGAACGUCCUGACCCGGCCCUGCUCCCCGGGCCCCCGUGCUGUGCUCGGCACGGUGCAGGAAGCGGCUCUGCUCAGAGUUUCCAGCCCGUGUCAGGGCUUUCCAGUGUGGGCGGAGCGAGCUGCAGGAGGCCGGCGCAGGAAGUCCCUGUGCGGGUUCUUCAGCACACAUGUUCCGCUGUCACACCCGGGCCGUGGGUCAGACGUGGCUCCGUGUCUGCGCCGACUGUCUGCGAUGAGUGAGGCCGUGCUGCUGGAUCUGAUCCACGGCUGCAGUCCAGCGUGCACCGGCGCGUCUCUGCUGGACUCCGCCUCGGCCCCGCAUGUCUUCCUGCUGUGCGGGAGCAGCCCCCGUGACAAACGCAGCCUGUCAUGCGGGACUCUGAGCGCGUGCAACAACGUGCGCGUGCUGGACUCCGGAUCCACCGCGGAGUGUCUGUACCGGUUCAAGCAGACCGUGGACGAGCUGGACCUGAGCUCGGUCCGGGUCCUCACGACCCCGCAGGGUCGAGAUGUGCUGCGCGUGUACCAGGAGCAGCUUUUCACGGCCGUGUACACCUUUGACUACGAGGUGAACGACGUCACCUGUCCGAGCUGCAGAGGCUCCGCCCACACCGACUCACCUGGUCACAGAGUGCACGAAGAAGAAGAAGAAGAAGAAGAAGAACAACAGGUGUCGGCGUUCCUGCGGCAGCUUCCUGCGCUGAAGGGUGACGUCACAGUCCUGAAGUCCACAUUGAUCCCAGACUGUUUCGGUCACGGCUUCAGCACUCGGACAGGCGGUGUGUCCUACAUCCCGACGCUGUCGUCCUUGAAUCUGUUCAGCAGCAGCAGGAGGAGGGACCCCGGGGCCGUGGUGCGGGAGAACAGGCGCAGACUGGCCCUCCAUGCUGGUUUCCACCCGGAGUCUCUACGUCUGGUCAAGGUGAACCACGCCAGCGAUGUUUGGGUUCUGGGGAAAGACGAGCCGGAGAGCUACGACGCAAUGGUGACCGACCGGACUGGGGUGGUUCUGGCGGCUCCGGGAGCCGACUGCAUGCCCAUCCUGUUCGCAGAUCCGGUGUCGAAGGUCAUCGGAGCCGCUCACGCAGGUUGGAAAGGAACCCUGAUGGGGGUUGCUAUGGCAACGGUGGAGGCCAUGGUGACGGAGUUCGGUUGCCAGGUGAGCGACAUCGUGGUGGCCGUGGGGCCGUCAGUGGGGGCGUGUUGCUUCACCCUGGAGAGAGAUCAGGCGUUGGACUUCCAACGCAUUCAUCCAGACUGUGUGCCCGAUCCAGAGUCAGCCCAGCCGCACGUCAACAUCCGCCUCGCCAACAGAAUUCUCCUUCAGGAUGGCGGCAUCCUGCCUGAAAACAUCCACGACGACGCGGUGACGGAGCGCCCCCGUGUGACACCCUGCACUUCCUGUCACCCCGAGGCCUUCUUCUCCCACUGCAGAGACGGACCCAACUUCGGCACCCAGGUGGGUUUCCUGUGGAUCAAGGACACGGCGCACCGGACUCGACCUCCCACAGGCGAGGCGGUCUGACAGGACGCCGCUUGUGUGGUUUGGUCUUCUGAAUCAUCAGCAGGUAGAAACACAGCAGAGCCCGUCUGUGUCCUCAUGAUGGACAUUUACUGUGUCACCUCAGCACAUUGCACAAUUAGUAAGUUCUGUUCUUCUGUUAAAGCAGCUUCAUUUUAAUGUCCAAUAAAUGAAACUGCACUGGUAAA